AUGUCACCCCUUGCAACCAAACUCUUCGACUUCAUCGUCAUCGGCGGCGGUAGCGGCGGGCUUGCCUGUGCCCGUCGUGCAGCCUCGUACGGCGCCAAGGUCGCGCUGGCGGCACAUGUCGUCAACGUGGGCUGUGUUCCCAAGAAGGUGAUGUUCAACGGGGCCAGCAUCAUCGAGGCGAUUGAGGACGCCAAGCACUACGGCAUCACUGUAGGCAGCCCGUCGUUCGACUGGGGAUUCCUGAAGAACGCGCGCGAUGCGUACGUCAAGCGACUGAACGGGAUCUACGAGGCGAACGUGACCAAGGACAAGGUCGAGUACGUCGAGGGCAUGGCCAGCUUCAUCAGCGACACCGAGGUGAAGGUGAACGACAGCGUGCUGACAGCCAAGCACAUUCUGAUUGCAACGGGCGGUCGGCCAGUGAUUCCGGGCGUCGAGGGCGCCGAGCUGGGCAUUGACAGCGACGGCUUCUUUGAGCUGGAGACGCAGCCCAAGAAGGUGGCGGUGCUCGCCGGAAUCUUCAAGACGCUGGGCAGCGACGUGACGGUCAUCAUCGGCGACACGAUGCUGGAGGAGAUGAAGCGCAUCGGGAUCAAGUUUGAGCACGACUCGCAGGUGCUGGGCGUCAAGAAGAAUGCGGGCGCCGAGCUGCCGCUGGAGCUCAGCUGGAGCACCAAGGGCGCUGGCAACUCGUCAGACGCAUACGACUGCGUGCUGUGGGCCGUUGGCCGCAAGCCCAACACCGAGAGCCUGAACCUGGCGGCAGUGCCGGGUAUCGAGCUGAACAAGACGGGACACAUUGUGGCCGACGAGUACCAGAACACCGGCGCUGGUGGCAUCUACUCGCUUGGCGAUGUGUUUGGCAAGUCCGAGCUGACGCCGGUGGCCAUUGCUGCCGGGCGUCGUCUGGCCGACCGUCUGUUCGGCGGCUCGCAGUUCGCCACGUCGAAGCUCGACUACGUCAACAUCCCGACUGUGAUCUUUGGACACCCUACGGCCGGUACCAUUGGGCUGUCGGGGGAGGAGGCCAAGGCCAAGUAUGGCGCUGAGAACAUCAAGGAGUACCGCACGCGGUUCACCAACAUGUACAAUGCCAUGACGCCGUACAAGCCGCCGACGGCCAUGAAGCUGGUGGUGGCGGGCGCCGACGAGAAGGUCGUUGGCCUGCACAUCAUCGGCCGCGGGUGCGACGAGAUCCUCCAGGGAUUCGGCGUCGCCGUCAAGAUGGGCGCGACCAAGAAGGACUUUGAUAGCUGCGAGAUUGUGACCAUGCGCUAAGCGACUUUUUAUUGUGUCUGCUGAAUAUAAUUCCCGUUAGCUGGAUU